GAGUUCUGGAGGCUGGUGGAUGACUGGGGCGGGGGGAUUGAGAUCAGCAAAAUCAAGGGUCAUGCGACCCAGGUUGAUGUGCAGGCAGGGCGCGGCACCUCUGCGCGUCACCGAUACGGCAGUGCCAAGGCAGACGAGGCUGCCAAGAGCGCUGCUUCCUUUGCCAGGGUCUCAGAGGCUGCCGUCGCACAGCUUCAGGAUCCCGUGGCCACCGAUCUGGUCAGUCGAGUUCUUGCCGCGCAG